CGUCGCACCACGGACUCCCCUCUGCCUUGCUCACAGCGUCCCCACAGAUGCCUGCCCCUUGAGUGGAGAGCAGACCGACUAGGCUGUGGGCCUCGGGGAAGAUGGUGACCCCCUGGCGCGUCUCUGUUAGGUUCUGUUGGUCGCAUCUAAGGUGUUUUGAGCUCCGAAAGGAAUUUGGUCUUCUCCGACCCUUGGGGUGUUAUCGCAAUACCAGAUUCUGUUGGCUUCUCCUGGGCACUUUGCCCAAACUCAUCUCAGCUUAUGGGGACGUUGGUGAGGGGCCCGCUGACAGCUUGUGUCAGCGAAGGGCUCACUGGAGUGACUUGGCUGAAAAUGGGCCAAUGGAGAGGGUCUCCCAAGCUGGCCCGCUCAGCUCUGUCUUCCUGCAUCUCCGUAUCUGGCUUCGGGCUGGUGCUCUCUUGGCAAAAUUCUUUCCCCUCCUCCUCCUCUACCCUCUCACUUACCUGGCUCCCAGCCUUUCCACACUCUGGCUCCACCUACUUCUGAAAGCCACAGAGACCUCGGGCCCAACAUAUAUUAAACUGGGUCAGUGGGCCAGCACUCGGCGCGAUCUCUUUUCCGAGGCUUUCUGUGCCCUGUUCUCCAAGCUGCAUGUCCGAGUGACUCCUCACCCCUGGACCCAUACGGAACAGUUCCUCCGGCAGGCGUUUGGGGAGGACUGGGGGAAUGUCUUGUCUUUUGAGACCCAGGAACCUGUGGGUUCAGGCUGCGUGGCCCAGGUGUACAAGGCGUUCGCCAGCACUGCCUUCCUGGAGAAGGAUCAGAGACUUGGUCAGGCCGCCUGCCUGCAACUUUCCUCAGGAGCUAGGGCGGUUGGUGGCCUCAGGGAGCUCUUAGGACACCUUGAGAAGGAGCAGAAGUCUCCAGGAAAUCUUGCUGACCAGUCAUUUCUAGAAAGGCUGCUUCUGCCUAAAGCUGAACUGGUUGGAUCAAAUGCAGUCGUGUCUCAGGCCUCUGGCCACCCGGAUCACCUCAUCCCAGUGGCAGUGAAAGUAUUGCACCCUGGCCUGCUCGCUCAGGUGCAUAUGGACCUGCUGCUGAUGAAGAUUGGGAGUCGAGUCCUUGGACUUCUGCCAGGAAUCAAGUGGCUUAGCUUGCCUGAGAUUGUGGAGGAAUUUGAGAAGCUUAUGGUUCAACAGAUUGACCUACGUUAUGAAGCUAGGAAUCUAGAACAUUUCCAGUGUAACUUCCGGGAUGUGACAUCUGUCAAAUUUCCCACCCCUCUGCGCCCCUUCGUCACUAGGGAUGUGUUGGUGGAAACAUAUGAAGAGAGCGUGCCUGUGUCCAGUUACCAGCAGGCAGGAAUUCCCAUUGAUUUGAAGAGGAAGAUUGCGCAGCUGGGGAUCAACAUGCUCCUGAAGAUGAUAUUUGUAGAUAACUUUGUGCAUGCGGACCUUCAUCCUGGGAACAUCCUGGUCCAGGGUGCUGAUGGACCUUCCUUGAGCCACGAGGCACAGCUGCAGCAGGUGGAUGUCUGUGACACAUUGGUGGUGGCCAUGGUGCCAGCCUUGUGCCCCCUGCGCUUGGUACUGCUGGAUGCUGGCAUUGUGGCUGAGCUGCAGGCUGCAGAUCUGAGAAAUUUCCGGGCAGUUUUCCUUGCUGUGGCCAUGGGGCAGGGUCAUAAAGUGGCUGAACUCAUCCUUCAUCAUGCCCGGGCCAGUGAGUGCAGGGAUGUGGAGGGGUUCAAGGCUGAGAUGGCUGCACUGGUGACCCAGGCCAGGAAGAAUACCAUCACUCUGGAGAAGCUUCACGUUUCCAGCCUUCUCUCCAGUGUCUUUAAGUUGCUGAUGGCUCACAAGGUAAAGCUUGAGAGCAACUUUGCCUCAAUUGUGUUUGCCAUUAUGGUGUUGGAGGGGCUUGGCCGCUCACUGGACCCCAAGCUGGACAUCCUGGAGGCAGCAAAGCCCUUCCUUCUCAAAGGGCCAGCAUCCUGUUCCUGACCAUGGCAGUGGGCACGCAGUGAAGGCUGCUCCCAAGGGCCUCUCCUCUGGCAGCUGGAACUUUUAAAAUUGGGGUGUGUGGAGGGCACACCAUUGCUUUCCCUGUGACUUGGUUUUGGGGUCUAUUUAGAAAGUUUUGGGUUAUUUGGGGAGUCAAGGGAGGGAAGGGUCCAUUCAGUUGUGGAAGCGGGGCCUUGUGCCAGGGAUACUAUUUUAGGAAUAAUGGUCAGCAGAGAAGGACAAAUAUGCUCAGUUAUUUUAUUUUCCUGUUUUUUUUUCUUUUCUUUUCUUAACCUUCUAUAGUCCCUGGUCAGGUGGGUCCUGAUGAUAUUUAGGUUAGAAAAUGCCCUAAAAGCCCUGCCUGUGGUGCAUGCCUGUAAUCCAGCAACUUAGGAGGCAGAGAUAGGAGGAUUCUAAUUCAAGGCCAGCCUCAGCAAUUUAGCAAGAUCCUGUCUCAAAAUAAAAAAUAAAAAGGGCUGAGGAUGUGGCUCAGUUUUAGAGCACCUAUGUGUUCAAUCCUUAGUCCAAAAAAAAAAAAGUGAUAAAAAUCCUAUAGCCUCAAUAUUUUUUUUGAUCACAUAAUCUUUUUUUGUGUGUGGUUCUGGGGAUCAAACCCAGUGCCUUGUGCAUGCAAGGCAAGCAGUCUACCAACUGAGCUAUAUCCCCAGCCCUGAUUAUAUAAUCUUAUUGGUAAAAAUUUGAAAGUACGCCAUGCAUACACACACACAAACACACACAAAAAAUUAUAAAUUUUAUAUACACCUUAAGUUCUCAACCACUGAGCUACAUCCCCAGUCUCCCAGUCCAUUGCUAAACUUUUUUCUUUUUAUAAGGUAAAACAAAACAGUGGGGCUGGAGACAUAGCUAAGUAAGUGGUAGAGUGCUGGUCUAGCAUCCAGUGCCCCGGGUUCCAUCCCUAGCACCACACCAAAAAUUAAUGUGGCUGACAACUAGGGACAGGAGCCAAAACAUCUUGCCAUUUUUCCUUCUCUUUUUUUUUGUGGUUCUAGGGAUUGAACCUAGGGCUUUAUACAUGUUCGGCUAGCAUUCUACCAUGGAGCACAUCCCCAGCCAGUUUAUUUUUAAAUUUUGAGACAGGGUCUUGCUAGGUUGCUUAGAGCCUCACUAAGCUGCUGAGGCUGGCUUUGAAUUUGCAAUCCUCCUGCCUCAGCCUCCUAGCUGCUGGGAUUACAGGCAUGUGCCACGGCACCCAGUCCUGCCAUUUUCUUUCUUUCUUUUUUCUUAAAAAAAACAUUUAUUUUUUAUUUGUAGUUGAACAUAAUACCUUUAUUUUGUUUAUUUAUUUUUAUGUGGUGCUGAAAAUUGAACCCAAGGCCUUGCACAUGCUAGGCAAGUGCACUACUGCUGAGCCACCACCCCAGCCCUGCCUGUUUCUUAAUAGUUCCUGGCUUGGGCAUUCUUGUUGAGUCUGAGGUUGCUCUGCAGUGGUGUUUUGCCCCUCUCCAUGUGUGAAGGUUACUUUUGGUUCAUCUCCAUAUAUAGUUACCAUAACUAGUAUGUCCUCUUCACCAAGGUUUUAAAGUCUGCAGUGGCACCCAAUUUCACUCAAAGUGAACUAAGAGGUGGCAGUUACUGCAUGCUCCUCUACACUGUUUCCUCCCAUGGGCUGUCCUCUCAGAGCCAGUAUGACGUGGUCAGUUGACAUGAAUGAUGAAGACUGGGGUCAGCCUGUAGAGAGAAUGUUAGUAAAGCUUAUGUAAUUCUUUAGGCUUUUUUCUUUUUUUCUGGUAUCAGGGAUUGAACUCAAGGGCACUGGACCACGGAGCCACAUCCUGAGCCCUAUUUUGUAUUUUAUUUAUAGACAGAGUCUCACUAAGUUGCUUAGCACAUCAUUUUUGCAAAAGCUGGCUUUUUUUUUUUUUUUUAAAGAGAGAGAGAAUGAAUUUUUUAGUAUUUAUUUUUUAGUUUUCUGCGGACACAACAUUUUUGUUUGUAUGUGGUGCUGGUGCUGAGGAUCGAACCCGGGCCGCACGCAUGCCAGGCGAGCGUGCUACCGCUUGAGCCACAUCCCCAGUCCCAAAAGCUGGCUUUUUAAAAAUUUAUUUAACUUAUAGACAGGGUCUCACUGAGUUGCUUUGCACUUCGCCGUCGUUGAAGCUGGCUUUGAACUUGCAAAACUCCUGUCUCAGCCUCCUGAGCCACUGGGAUUAUGGCAUGCGCUACUGUGCCCAGCUCUUUACACUUAAAUAGCAUUUAAGUGUAUUUUAUCCCUGUACUCCACCAGAGUAUGUUGCUCACCUUGGAGACAGUGGGUAGAAAGUCUGCUUCUGCUCUAAGUUCUGCUCUGAAUGCAGGACUGGAUCCCUCCAUGUUUUCCUUCACCAGGAUACAUUUCCUCAUUUCUCUCUUGUAGGGAACAAGUAGUUUAUUAGGACAGAAAUUCCCUUGGUGCCUUUUUCCCCAGAGGGGUACAUGCUAUUUGUUUCCCAAGUUUUGAGGUGGGCAGGCAGUGAGAAGUCAGGGUGGUACCAGAUGGCUGGGGAGGGGCACAGCCUGACACAUGGCCCCUUGUGCCAAGUACACAUUCACUUACUCCUGUGGGUGAGAGGAGGUCACAAAUAGAGCAGGCAUCUCUCCGAGCCUCCCUUUCCUUAAGCCAGUGGAUUUUUUGUUGUUGUGGUCUUGGUACUAGGAACUGAACCCAUGGUGCUUUACCACCUAGCUACAUCCCUGGUCGUUUUCUUUCUUUCUUUUUUCUUUUCUUUUCUUUUUUUUUUUGAGACAGGAUCUUAUUAAAUUGCUAAGGCUGGCUUGAAUUUGUGAUCUUCCUGACUCACCCCCCUGAGUCACUAGUUAUAGGUGUAUGCCACCAUGCCUGGCUACAUCAGUGGAUUUAAUCAAGCCAUUUGUGGGAUGUUGUAGUUUUCUGUCACUGAGUACAAACCAUCUUUAAACAUUGUGACUAAAAACAACA